AUGGCAGAGGGAGCACCUGUUGCUCCACACGUCUUAAAAAUAAUUGGGCUAAUUGAAAAACUGGCCGAAUUAGGCUUUAAGAUGGACCAGGAGCUGAAUGUUGAUUUAGUGCUCCAAUUUCUGCCAGAUUCUUUCUCACAGUUUGUUAUGAACUAUCAGAUGAAUAAUCUGCAGCACACUUUGUCUCAGUUGUUGAAUGUGCUAAAAACUGCUAAGAAAGAAAUAAAGAAAGGGAAGGGUCCCACUAAUGUGCUUGUUAUUUUCACCUCUAAGAAGAGGAAGAAGCAAGGAAAAGGGUUUAAGAAGUCCACAAACAAACCUGUCAAGAAGGCCAAAGCAGACCAGCCUAAAGCAACCUGCUUUCAUUGUGGAUAA